CGGCUUGGCUUCCGAUACAUACUUGCCUGAGCUACGGGAGAACAGUGUCUAUUGCUUUAGCGUUCCGAGCGGAGAGAUAGCUACUUUCCACUGAUCCACACCAAAUACCGGUAACUUUGUGUGCUAUCUGGUUUCUGUUCAAUCAACGAGACAGCCACCGCGUCUUUGAGAGCAUACGUGCGGAGAGACAUGCUUCUAUUAGCACAGGUGUUUCAUCAUCAUGCAAGCAGCUAAAUUCUACUUUUGCGUCGUGGCACAGACCAGUUACAGUUUUUAAACCCUGCUUUUAGAAAGCGAGAGCAACCGCGCCCAGUAGCGUGUAGACAGGGGAAAACACCACACGCGGUACGCAACUUCGUGUGAUUGCAAACACCAUGUCCGAGGAAAAGGACGAAACAGAGGAAACCGCGUGGGCCAGCGAAGAGGUGGACAGAAUCUUGCUGGAGACGUGUGACACCGUGUUGCUGGUACUAUUCGGUUUUAUUUUGUGAUGACAAGCGCAAAACAUUUUGAUUUGCAGAGAGAUGGUCGAGCACGGCACUUUUUUGGCCUCGAACUUGCUUCGCACAACUGUGCUUCCCUGAGUUGGUUGGCUUUGAGGCAAGAUCUCGCACAUAUUACUUUGAUGCCAGCACCAACUUGCGGAUGAGUGCAUUCAAGAACUUUGUAUCAAUCCAAACAAAAACAGAAUGAGCAGUAUUCCGACGAGAAGGUGGCGCAGUGGGUGAAUGACAUCUGCGAAAUGGCCAUGCAGAGACUGAACGAAACCAAGAAGCUAUUCGAUGUAAUAAAAAUGCCCCCCCCCCACCGCAGAGUUGCCAUGCAACUCUGCAUGCGGCCCAGAACAUCUUUCGUGCGCAGCCCCAGGAGAAGCACUUUCUAGAAGUGCCGGUUUGAUAUUUGUAACGCUCUGAUCAUCAGGAGGAGGUGCAGAAUUUGUGAUGCGGCUGUAUUGGCUGGGCACAAUAAUGACACUGCCUAGCCAAUUUUGAAAUUGCCGUAGUGAGUGUCAAAGCCUCCUUCUGUGUUUGUGUAGCAAAAUGCCCAACACGAUGGGGCGGGGACGGUUUUUCUCAGGAUAACAGCCAUUCAAAUGGGUGACCACCUGUCUGAUCAUGCACAGGAACGGCGCCGGCGUUCACAGUUCUGCGGCGGCUUUCUGGGACACAGCAAACGACGGGUUGCUGACAACCGUGUGGCCGAAAGAUAAGGGAAAGAACGAAGGGAACAAGACGAUUCAGGCGAUUGUGACAGUCAUUGGGACGGAGUUCUGAUGAACGUUGGUUCUGGGAGGUUCUGGCGCCCGUACGAAGGGGAAUUCGAAGUAACUACUCGUUUUUUUUGUUUGAAUAAUCUAAAUUUUGUGCGACUUGCUGGGAAAAGAACAGCAGAUAAAAGACUCGAACGACUGAUAUUUUUCGCCACAGGCAACUUUGGAUCUGAAAUCUCGAUCAUCGCCGCGCUUAGUACCUACAUUACGCCUUGACUGAACCUUAAAGUCAAUCUGGAUCAAAGAUCGCGCUCGUUCUGCAUGCGAGCCAGUACUUUAGAAUCGGAUGGGCACGUCAGUGAGUAUCUCUUUGAUGUGC